ACAUGCUGAGCCAUGUGACUGGCAGCGGCUGGGGGCUCCAUCCUGCACAGAGGACGGGGGCUCUGCAGCCACUCGCUCCCACCCUAACUAGCUACAUCCUCACGGGUCACCAGUGUGGGCGUGGCCCAGAAGACUUCACUGCCCUUCCAGGAUGGACCCCUUCGAGGACACGCUGCGGCGGCUGCGGGAAACCUUCCACGCGGGGCACACGCGGCCAGCUGAGUUCCGGGCUGCACAGCUCCGGGGACUGGGCCGCUUCCUGCAGGACAACAAGCAGCUUCUGCAUGACGCACUGGCCCAGGACCUGCACAAGUCGGCCUUCGAGUCCGAGGUGUCUGAGAUCGCCAUCAGCCAGGGUGAGGUCACCCUGGCCCUCAGGAACCUCCGGGCCUGGAUGAAGGACGAGCAUGUGCCCAAGAACCUGGCCACGCAGCUGGACUCGGCCUUCAUCCGGAAGGAGCCCUUUGGCCUGGUCCUCAUCAUCGCGCCCUGGAACUACCCCCUGAACCUGACGCUGGUGCCCCUGGUGGGUGCCCUCGCCGCAGGGAACUGUGUGGUGCUGAAGCCGUCGGAGAUCAGCAGGAGCAUAGAGAAGAUCCUGGCCGAGGAGCUGCCCCGAUACUUGGACCAGAGCUGCUUUGCCGUGGUGCUGGGCGGGCCCCAGGAGACGGGGCAGCUGCUGGAGCACAGGUUCGACUACAUCUUCUUCACAGGGAGCCCUCGCGUGGGCAAGAUCGUCAUGACCGCCGCCGCCAAGCACCUGACGCCCGUCACCCUGGAGCUCGGAGGCAAGAACCCCUGCUAUGUGGACGACGACUGCGACCCCCAGAUCGUGGCCAACCGCGUGGCCUGGUUCCGCUACUUCAACGCCGGCCAGACCUGCGUGGCCCCUGACUACCUCCUGUGCAGCCCUGAGAUGCAGGAGAGGCUGCUGCCCGCCCUGCAGAGCACCAUCACCCGUUUCUACGGCGACGACCCCCAGAGCUCCCCAAACCUGGGCCGCAUCAUCAACCAGAAACACUUCCAGCGGCUGCGGGCGCUGCUGGGCUGCGGCCGCGUGGCCAUCGGGGGCCAGAGCGACGAGAGCGAUCGCUACAUCGCCCCCACGGUGCUGGUGGAUGUGCAGGAGACGGAGCCGGUGAUGCAGGAGGAGAUCUUCGGGCCCAUCCUGCCCAUCAUGAACGUGCGGGGCCUGGACGAGGCCAUCGAGUUCAUCAACCGGCGGGAGAAGCCCCUGGCCCUGUACGCCUUCUCCAACAGCAGCCAGGUGGUCAAGCGGAUACUGGCCCAGACCAGCAGCGGGGGCUUCUGCGGGAACGACGGCUUCAUGCACAUGACCCUGGCCAGCCUGCCUUUCGGAGGAGUGGGUGCCAGCGGGAUAGGCCAGUACCAUGGCAAGUUCUCCUUCGACACUUUCUCCCACCAUCGUGCCUGCCUCCUGCGCAGCCCGGGGAUGGAGAAGCUCAAUGCCAUUCGCUACCCGCCCCACUCACCGCGCCGCCUGAGGAUGCUGCUGGUGGCCAUGGAGGCCCGAGGCUGCAGCUGCACGCUGCUCUGAGCCCCUCUCCAGGCCCAGGCCAGAGACCACCAUAACCACUGUCACCUGCAGCUGGUGGAGACAGGGCCUGGGCUCCAGGUCUCUGAGGAGAAAAAGGAUUGCCAAGGCUCCGGGGUGCUCCUCAGAGCAGCGCCUGCCUCCUCUCUCCUGGGGCUUCCCUCUCCCCAUCUCAGCCUCCUACCUCAGCUGCCCUCAACUGCGAGAGCUAUGGGAAACAGCUUAGUGACCGACCCCUGUCCCUGCACCAGCCACCCAUGUCCAGAAGAGGACAGGCAUGGCGCCUCUGGGCCACCACCAUGCUGUGGAGUGGGUGGCCCAGGGGCCCUGGCAUCUGAUUCAGGCCACACUACGGAAUUAGUAUGUCCAAGGCCAUCCCUACCCUCUCUGAACCUCAGUUUCCCCAUCUACUCAGUAGAGAGGUUUCACAAUUGAUAGCUACCUCCUGGCCGGGCACGGUGGCUCACACCUAUAAUCCCAGCACUUUGGGAGGCUGAGGCAGGCGGAUCACCUGAGGUCAGGGGUUCGAGACCAGCCUGGCCAACAUGGCAAAACCCCAUCUCUACUAAAAAUACAAAAAUUAGCCAGGCAGGGUGGUACAUACCUGUAGUCCCAGCUACUUCAGCAAGCUGAGGCAGGGGAAUUGCUUGAACCUGGGAGGUGGAGGUUGUAGUGAGCUGAGAUCGCAUCACUGCACUCCAGCCUGGGUGACAGAGUGAGACUCCAUCUAAAAAAAAAAAAAAAAAAAUGCCUCCUGGGUUGUUGCAAGGAUUAAAUGAGGGAUUGCUGAGCCGGGGAUCCAGAUGUUGUCUUUCCUCGGUGGGGUGGCACGGAGCAGGGCCGCCUCUCUUUUCUCUAGCCAGGUGAGGCUGCGGUUAUGCAGUAAGGUCUCCCUUCCCUCCAGCCCAUGCCAGAGGGGCUCGGAACUCUUCAUUCUCACCAUAUCCAGUACAGCUCAUGCUCUUCCCCAUCCUGCUCAUCCUCCUGGGUCCCUUCCACUCAGCCAAAGCAGAAUGCAGGGUUUCCUGCCUGAAACCCUUUCUCAUCCCCCCACGUCCCACUUUUGAACAAGCUGAUGAGUCUGAAAGUGGCCCAAUUUCCUAACAAGCUGGAUGCUUCGGAAACCUACAUUUGGACAAUGAGAGGCAGCUCCUGCAGCCUUCGGGCCACCUCCUCUUCCUGGCCUCCCGAUUUCUUUUCAGACUGACUUUAUCAGCCUUCAACUUUAGUAGGGGAGGGGGGGGACAGGGAUGAACCUGAGUUUCAUCUCCCGUCUCUCCGGCUGAUGUCAUCUGAAUAAGGCCUUCUUCCCUGGCAAUACUUA